AAAACACACAGUAAGGAGUAAAGAGUCUGAGAAAUUGGUCGGGUGGAGAGGGAAAGAGGUUUUUAAUUGUCUCCUGUCUCCUGAAUCGCGGCCACUUCGCCGCCAAAAGAUCUCAGGGAUUCUGAUUGGACCGCCAUUGAUGAACUCAAAACCCAGUCACAGACAUAACAAAUCAAAUCAAACCCGACCCCAAUUCCUCGUCGGCCAACACAAUUUGACUUCUUGGUUGCGUCAUUGCUUCUGAAGGAGACAAAGGUUUGAAGACUGAGAGAUUCACGGUCCGUGAACCGCGUGGAGGCUACACGAAGAAGGUUAUAUAAGAAAAGGAACGAGCUUUACAGUUUUUUGUGAAGUUGUGACUGGAAUGAAGAGUGAUUCAAGAAGUGAAGUUGAUGAUGUGUUCUUUGAUUCAUCUGAUGUUUUCUCCAUUGAUGGACAAAUAGAGGAAGCAGAGUUUCAAGUUUGGUCAGGUGAGCCAGUGAGUGUUGAGGAACGUCGUCAACAGUUUCUCAAGAAAAUGGGUCUUUACGAGGAGAAAUCGAUGUGUUUGGAGAGGAUAAGUGAUCUCAGCGAUGAGGUUACUACUAGCUCUUCUUCGGAGUCAUCAUCUUUUGGUGAAAGUAGUGAAUUGCAAUGUUGUGUUAGAGAGGAGAACUAUGGAUCAACCAAUUCAAUCUCUGAUGAGGAGGAACUUGAAGAAGAGAAUGACUCAGAACAAAGCUCAAGCAUCGCUUCUUCAAGCCCAUCGCGGAGUUUCAGAAAGAUGAGUGCUAAGAAAUGGUUAUUCGAUUGCUUCCUAGGAGAAAAGGAUAAAGAUUUCGAAUACAAGCCAAAGGAAGAAGCGAUGAUGAGUAGAGUCAAAGUGAAGACUAACAACAAGAGUCAUGUAGAGUUAUCUGCUGCUUACAAGGUACAAGAGAUUAAUGGACAUAAAGGGAAAAUUUGGGCGUUGAAGUUUAGUCCAGAUGGUAAGUUUUUAGCAACCGGAGGCGAAGAUGGAGUUGUGAAGAUAUGGCGAAUCACGCUUUCGGAUUCUCUGUUGACCUCUUUUCUUAAGCAAGAAGAGCCAAUGAGCCAAGAAGAAGCAUUGGUUCUGUUCCCUCAGAAAGCUUUUCAUAUAGAAGAAACACCGUUUCAAGAACUUUGUGGUCACACCGGAGAUGUCUUGGACUUAGCAUGGUCAGACUCAAAUUUGCUUCUUUCGGCUUCUAAGGACAAGACAGUCCGGUUAUGGAGGAUUGGUAGUGAUCAAUGUCUUCAUAUCUUUCAUCACAACAACUACGUGACUUGUGUUCAAUUCAAUCCUGUGAAUAAGAACAACUUCGUAAGUGGAUCUAUUGAUGGAAAAGCUCGAAUCUGGGGUUUAUCAGAAGAGAGAGUCGUCGCUUGGACCGAUGUUCGUGAUUCCAUUUCUGCUAUCUGUUACCAACCAAACGGAAAUGGGUUCGUCGUUGGUUGCAUCACCGGAAAUUGCAGGUUUUAUCAAAUCUCAGGAAACGAUGUAGUAAUGGAGGAUCAGAUGAUUAUCCGAGGACGAAACCGAAUCACCGCCGUUGAGUUUUGUCCCGGAAGCUCCGACAAACUCAUGGUAUCUUCCGACGAUUUGAAAUUCCGGAUCUUUGAUAAAUCCCAAGUUCUUCACAAAUUCAGAGCUUCACCGAAAUUCGGCAAACAAUCGUCGGCGUCGUUUAUUUCUUCCGCCGGGAAACAUAUAUUAUCAGUCCGACGAGGUCUCGGUGUCUAUCUCUGGAACAACGAUGGUUUUCCGGCGAAGAAACGCGCGAAAUCGUCGCGUUCCUUUGAGUAUUUUCACUCGCCGGGGGUUUCCGCAGCGGCGGCUUGGUCUCUGCCGGGAAUAGAAGUAUUGAGAGUGGCCGGAGAAGACGAAGAAUCACGGCGAGUUUUGAGACAACUACAGAGCUUCGGGAGAUUGUCUCGCUCCUCUCGUGUUACUGCCACGUGGCCGGAGGAGAAGCUUACCUCCAAUGGUGGUAAUUACGAUAAUACCCUAUCCACCGGCGGCGCGUGGAGACUGGUGAUCGUGACGGCAAGCUUGGACGGGAUAAUUAGAACAUUCCAUAAUUAUGGAUUGCCACGUAGAUUAUAGAGAGCUAUUUUGUUUCUUAGAAAAUUUAGGAAUUAGAAAAUUUUGCUUGUUGCGUAAUUUUCUGAAACGUACAAAAUAUUGUGUGUAAAGUUUAAUAUCCAAAAUUUGUCAAUUUGAUGUA